AUGCCGUCGUCGAGGCUCGUGCCCAAGGACGGCGAGUGGGGAGGCGGCGUGGCGCUGGAGGUCACCGUGCUGUCGGCCGAGUCGCUGCGCCUGCCGCCCACCUACUCGCCGCUCCCGCGCCGGCUGCGGCCCUACGUCGCCGUCUCCUCCUCCUCCUCGUCCUCGUCCGCCGGCUGCAGCACGGGCGUGGCCCCCGCGUCGUCCGGCGCGGGCGAGCACUCGUGGGAGGACGUCGGCGAGGACGCGCGCCUGGUGGUGCCCGUGGGCGCGGGGUUCCUGGAGGGCCGCGACGACGUGCGCGUGGCGGUGCUCUCGGAGUCCGGCUGCGCGCGGCUCCUCGGCGACACGCCGCUGGGCUGGUGCCGCGUGCCCGCCGCCGACGUGCUGGACGGCCUCCGCCCGCCGCGCGCGCUCCGCAGGCUCAGCUACUCGCUCCGCUGCCCGCGCCGCGGCGGGCCGGGACACGGCGUCGUCCACCUCGCCGUGCGCGUCCUCGGCGACGUCCACGUCCACGUCGCCCGCUCGGACCCGGCCCCGCCAGCGCAGCCCGGCUGGUGCCGCGUCGCCAUGGGCAUCCCGGUCUCCGGCCCCUCCGCCGCCGCCGCGGCCGUCGUCGGCACGCCGUCCCCCUGGGCGUGGAGCCAGGCGUCGCGCUGA